CGAUCCGUGAAGUCUCGACAGUAACUGGAGUAGCAAAUUGAAUCGUUACCAUGUAGUGUACAUGUGGGUUUACGCUUUCUUUGUCUUAUCAAACUACGUCAUCAAAUCAGAUCUCAUCUGACAUCGAGAUGUCCUACAAGGUAGAGAUAAUUCUGAAAGACACUGUUUCCACCAUUGGUGAAGCCCCACACUGGGAUGACGUCACACAGACGUUGCUGUACGUGGACAUGUACAACGGUGAAGUUCACAGAUAUGACCCCGUAACUGGAGAAGAGGACGUCCUUGGUCUAAACGGUGUUUUGGGAUUCGUUGUUCCACGUAGCAAGGGAGGGCUGGUCGUAGGGCUCGGUCAGGCGUUCGCUGCUGUGGACUGGGAGACGAAGACCGUCACAAAACUGGCGGAAACAGAUCCUGGAACACAGAACCACAGACUGAACGACGGGAAGUGUGACCCAAGAGGAAGGGUGUGGGGAGGUACGAUGGAAGAUGACUUCAAGUUGAACGAAGGGAGUCUGUACUGCCUGGAUACUGACGGAAGUGUCAGCAGGAAGCAAGAUAAAGUCACCAUCUCCAACGGUCUGGCGUGGUCCCCGGACAACAAGACCAUGUACUACAUCGACACGUCACCUCGCCAAGUGUAUGCCUAUGACUUUGAUAUCGAGAGUGGCGGUAUAUCCAAUCGCCGCGUUGUGGGUAAUUUCAACGACCUCCCCGAGCUGAGCAGCAAAGACGUACUGGGUCCUGACGGCAUGACGAUUGACACUGAGGGUAAUCUGUGGGUGGCCUGUUUUGGUGGCGGAUGUGUGGCUAAAAUCGACCCAAACACAGGAAAGCUGCUACAGAAGGUGGACAUACCCAACGCAACCAGAAUCACCUCUGUGUGUUGGGGCGGCAAGAACCUGGACGAGUUGUACGUCACCAGUCUCAGGAUGAAGCCAAACUCCAAGUUAACGGUGAUAGACACGCUAGAUGGCGCUGUGUUCAGAGUUACUGGACUUGGAGCACGUGGUCGACCAGCGGAUGUCUAUCGUGGUUAACUCAGACGACACUUCAAAGACUCGCUGUUCUAAUAGCUACUGUCACACAUUCUAAUUGAUCUGUUCAAACCGGAGAUGUGGUUGUAUUCAGUUAUGCCUGGAGUGAAAUAGUCAGUAUGUUCAAUACAGAUAUGUAUUAUAUUAUGCAGUUAUGUAAACAGAUGCCAAGAAUAUGGAUAGGUGUUCAUGUUGUCAUGCACUCUGCAUCAUGUGUAAACGCAGAUAAGCAUGUUCAAGUUCAAAGGUCAAUAUGAUAUCAGUUUUAUAGCAAAUCCGGACACAGAUUGCAUUUUUCUUACUUACUUAGGUAUAUAAUAUAAAUAUAUAUACAUGUAUAAGAUAAACAGUAUCAAAUAGCAAGUCGUAAAUGUUUUUUACCUUAAUAAGAAGAAGAGGAACGAUUACAGUCAAGCAAUUUAAUGUCAGUGGUGAUGUGUACUGACCAGUGAAGAUGAUUCACCUUUAUAGUAAUCGCCCUCCUAUGUUUCGACUUUGCGUGUCACCUUACUGAAUGAAUAUAUAUAAUUGUACAUUGUCGUACAUUAUGAUUUGGGGAGAAUCAGUGGGAGACUUUCAUUGACUUUAUGUAUACGUUUCAGUGCAAGGUCACACGUUCAAGGUCACACGAAGAGACUCGAUACUUUCAUAAUCAAAUAUAUGUUUUGUACAAUAUACAGUUACAAUCUGUAACGGACACAGCAUGGUUGUUUUCCAGCGUAUGGGCAGUGCCAGUGUAUGUAUUGCAAUCAGGACCAUUUCCAAACAUUGAAUCCAGACACAGCAUCCGAAUACUGCACUGAAUAUGGUAAACCUAACACCAGUGUAGCAGACAGAAAUCUAUAUCUUAACCCGGAAACACUCAAACUAGGACAACUGUGUUAAAACAUGAUACUUGUUUUAGUGAACAAUUUUUGAACCCGUUACAAUCUACUAAUGCUCGUACUUGUACUUCAGAGAGAUCAUUUGAUGUUUUAAUUGGCCAACAAUAAGGAUACUAAUAUAUUGCAGACCAUGUGGCAAGCACUGACACUUUCUUGAAGUUGAGCACUGACAAACAGUAUCUUUGCCGCGACACCUGACAUGGUAUUGACAUCUGAAGCCAAUCUAAAGGCAUCCCCAGUAGAGAGGACAUCUUAUGCCCAUCUGAAGGUAUCCCCAGCACAGAGGUGGACUGAAGCUGGCAUGCAAGUGCUCGAUGCAUCCCGUCCAUCAUAUGACAAUCAUCAACUGGAUUUAUGAGUUCUUUAACAAAUGGUGAUUAUCAUGGUGAAUGUAUUAUUCGUGAAAGUAAUGAUUAAUAUUAUUAGUAUGUAUUGUGUCGAUGUAUUAUACUGACGAAGUUUUGUAAUACAUUAUGAAUAAUC